UGUUAUUUAAGAACCUGAAAGAACGACAAAGUUAUUAUCGUCAAAGAUGGCUAAGUUCAAGGGAUGAAACAUAGGCUAGAAGUAGAAAAAUCAAAUGAUUCGUAUUGAAACGAAGAAUGUGCGAGUCUAAUGAACGGAAGUAAUCCUUAUUGUUCUUUUGCGUAAAGAAACAUCCCUGCUGAGAGCCAUUAGAGUAAUAGCGGGAAAAAGGACAACAGUUAUGUGGCCAAACCAUAAUGUAGCCUACUACCUGUUUCUCGACUCACUCGCCGACUAACCAUCCACUACUGAGAAAUAUGUUUUCACUAGAUCUAUAACCAUGGUUGUGGCUGGGAGGACUGUCCGCAGAGGAGGAGGAAGAGAUCUUCACAGACAAACGCCUCAAAAGAAUUUAUCUUGGAGCAGUGGAAAAGCUGAAGGCUGUUAAGACACUGCAGAAGUACGUGGAGACCAUCGGCGGCCGCUACUCGGAGGUCUCGAUGCUGGCGGAGUCUCAGCUCAUGAUGGAGUACAGGAAGCUGAUGGCGGAACAGCAGGCGUUUGCCGGGCCUCUGUCGUCAUCCCAGUACGACCCGUCACUGAUCGACAGAAUUGACGUGGAGGAACUCUUAGAGCAGGCCAAAGAUUUGGAGGAGUCACUCAAGGACGCAGAUGGGAGGAUAACUACACUUACCAAGGAAAUUGAUACCACGGUGCAAAAGAUCGAUGACACCACUGCUCAAAUAGCCGCAGCCGAUGGUCUAAUGGAAAGGAUGAAAACCGAGGUGCCAUACUCCGAAACCAUGAAACAAAAUCUGAAGGAUUUCCAACAAAAACUCCUUGGCGAGAUUGUGAAGACCGUGGACACACUCCACACCACCCUUGAUCCCGUCCUGAGUGACGAGGCAGCUGAUCUGCACACCAUUGAAGGAGGGAAGAAAGAGAUGGACAACAUAUCGACAAUUGUGGCGAAACUGGACACCAAGCUCAAUAAGGCUGGGCUGGCGGCCCUCAAACCUCUCGAAGCCGUGCACCUCAGUGAAAUCUCGAACACAUGUUUCGACAGAGACCUGCUCUGCCUGGUGUCUGUGGUGGUGAAGGCCAUGGACUCAUACAGGGACUCGCUGGGUCAGUUUCACAGCCGGGCCGAGUCGAGGAUCAAGGACGAGAUGCAUGCACUGAAAAAAAACAUGGUGAGAGACUCGGACUGCUCAAAGCUUGCACACGACGUGGGGCGACUUCACAAACACAUGGACAGUGCGUCUGCACCCCACUCGUCCGUGCUGACCGCUUUGAAGCUGAGUGAGAAGAUGGUGCAGGAGUUCGGCAGGCAGGUGACUUGUACGAGACUGAGAAAUCUGGAGAGGCUCACGCUCGAAUAUAACUUGGCGGACCACUCGAUGGAGCUGGUGUUAAGAGCUGCUCCUUUAAUCAACCGGGCGAUGCACAAGCUAGCAGCUGCUGAGGAGAAGAAAAGGCAGCUCGAGGAGAAGAAAGCUGCAGCGAUAGAGAAGAAGGCUAGGGAGAAAGAGAGGAUUGCAGCUGAAAAAGAAAGGCAAGCCGUCGAGAAGGAGAAAUUGUCUGCUCAGAAGAAAAAGGAAGAAGCAGAGGAGAGAAAGAGGAUACACAAAGAAAAGCAGGCAGAGGAGGAAAGAGAAAUGGCUGAGGGGAAAAAGGGAGGUGAGAAGGAGAACGAGAGAAGAAGGAAACAAAGAGAGGAGCAGAAAAAGAGGAGAAGUGAAGACUAUGAGGGAGCUACGAAAGAUAACGAGGCCAGAGGUGAGAGGAAAUAUAGCACCCUCGGUGAGAAAAGAGAAGCCCGUCGAGAAAGCAAAGACGGUUACGGAAGAGCCAGGCAGCAUUCAGACGUGUCCGGCCUUUCUCGUGAUCGAUUGGGAAGUAGAGCAAAAGGAACAGUUGACAACGAUAAUACAACGAAACAGAAAUCAACUAGAACAAAGUCACUAUCACCGGACAAGGAUGCCCCGAGAAAGAAGCUGUUUUUGCGUAACAUAAUGGAGGACGACCCGCUAGUGCUGCCCUACAGACGCCACUCUGAUUGGGCCACGCGCACACUGCCUCCGCUGAAACAGAAGACUCCUCUAAAGUUCCGCUUCUACAGCCAGGGCGUGCCGGUGUUUGAAGACGAGAAGGGCCGGUUCGUGGAGGCGUCGGGUGAGCCCUUGAAGAAGUUGGAGCAGGAGCCUGCUGUGUACGGAAGUCGUCUCCUGUUUCGCCCUGUGCUGGUGGCAAGACGCGUGGCUCUUCAGGUCGCCGAGAAAAACGACUCCUCUGCAACAGCAGGCAGCCGAACUCGACGUUAAAAGUGGAAAGAAUUCAUUAAUUCCAUAAACACAAAAGGAAGCAAACUGAAAAAGAACUAUUACUAGUAUAACUGGUCGCUUUCAGGACAAGGGGGCUAUCCAGAAAAAUACUGUUUUGAGAAAAUCGAAGGUACAUUUUUAGACCCUAGUUUAUUUUUUUAAAGACAAGGAGAGUUUUCUCUAUAACCAAACAAAUAUUCAGACCAAAGAAGCAAAACUCUCCUAUACGCAGGGCAAAGCCCACUUUGGUGUAGGUCAAGAUUUCUGGAAACCCCCGCAAUCUGGGUUAGCCAGCUUUUCCUUAAAAGCGACCAACUAUAAUAUUAAAUGUACAAAGCGAUGACAAUUUGGGAGGAUGGUGACAAACAGUAUUAUAAUUCCUUUCGUACAUGAUGCAUAAACCAAUCCUGUUCAUUUUGGUUGAAUAAAGUAUUAAUUCGUUGAUAUUUUAUUAAAACUACUCCA